CUCCACUAUCUUGCUGUCAGUGGCUGAAGCCAGAUCAACGGACAAAAAAUGAGAUCCGGACCUGGUGACCUUGGAGCAGUUCCUGACCAUCUUGCCCCCAGAGAUGGAGAACUGGGUUCAGGGAAUGUGGGCAAAGACCUGUUCCCAGGGGUGGCCCUGGCAGAGGGUUUCCCUCUGAGUCAGCCAGAGGCAGAGAAGAAACAGGAGGAGCAGCAGGUCACAAAUCUCUUGGUAGAAGUUAAGUCUGAAUUCCCUGUGGACGAGAAGGCUCUACUGGAUCCCAGGCAGAUUCCCCAAUGUUGGGAGAUCAAGGAGGAGUACGAUGGAGGGGCCUCGUUGCAAGAGGCUGGAAUGACACCACCAACAAGGACUCAAUCGCCUCUUUCUUUUUGCGGAGGACCAGAAACAGACCAGGGAGAAACAGAGGAAGAAGUACCCCAACGAAGGAAGCAAGGGAGGGGUAUUGCUUGGGAACAUUCGGAAAUUUUGGACCUCCUUUCGAUUUGGGGCGAAACAGAGUUCCAAACAAGGUUGUCGGAGAACCACCGCAAUCUACAUGUGUUCAAGGAUGUGGCAUCGGAGAUGGCAAAGCGAGGCCAUUCACGGACCGCCGAGGAAUGUCGUAACAAGACGAAAAGUAUGAGGGGAGAAUAUAGACGUGUCGUUAACUACAACAAACGUAGUGGCAGAGCACCAGUGACCUGUCCAUAUUUUAAAAAGCUGGAUGGCAUUCUCCGUGGAGUUGCAAGUGUUCUUCCGAGUAGGCUUUCCAGAAGUUUUGAUUUGGGAAAAGAGGGGCAGGAAGCAGGAUCUAGUGGUGCUGCAGAGGCCAGUGACACUGCACUGUCGGAGGUCGAUGAAGAGGGACCCCAAGGGACUAAUCUCAAUAUCAGCCAAUCUAUAGAAGAAGAUGACUGUAACCGAAAUGAGACUGAUGCCGACGACAAAACAAUCAUUGACCUUCCUAUUAUAGUAACUGAGGCUGGAGCGGACACAGAGAUUGGGACAGGUGCGGAGGGCAAAGGCAAUGAACAGAUUGGAGGAAGGUCAAAACCACCAGGCAAGGGAAUUAGAAAUGUUAGACAAGCUGCUGUUACACAGUCACCAAAGACCCGCCUCCUCCAUCCAAUGGGCAAAAGUAAGAGGGCAAGAAGAGGAGAUUGUAUCGCUGCAACCAUCAUGCAAAAUGCAAAUGAACAGGCCCGCAUGGUGAGAAGGGUUCAGCAAUCUAUAUCAGACCAGAUUGCUAGAGGGAUGGCCAACGAAGCCAACAUUGCUAAACAAAUUGUAGCGAUAUUAAAGGAAGAUGCAAUAUCAAGUCAGAGAGACAGGCGUGAAUUGAUAGAUUGCAUGCAUGCUGUCGUGGAUGUCAUGAGAAGUCAAAGGGGGAAUCAAGAUGGCAGCUCUCCUACUGUUUCAGCACCUCAAAAUCGAUUGUCACAGCAAGGGAAUUAUGCAACCCCCACAUCCCUUUCCUUCAGAGGGACCAUGUUAAGGAGAAAGAGGAGGAAAAUGGCAGGAAAAAAACCACCUUUAGGCAUUGCCCCACCAGACGAAGAGGCUACUCCACCAGCAGAUUUUACACAGGCUGAGGAUAGUGAGGAAGACCCAAGUGGUGAGGAGGACCCCAUUGUGGUGGAGGAUCUUGAGGAGCAGAGUUCACAGGGACUACCUGUAAGAGGAAGUAGACAGAGGAAAAGGAAGGAAACCUAUUCUCCCUGACUCUAAUGUUAUGUCAUGUUGUCAAGCGUAAUUGUGCACAUAAUUGUUUAAAAUGUUCAAGAAAUAUUUUUGUUUUAAAAGGAAUAAAAUAUAUUUACACUGUUUUUACAAAAA